CUAGAAUUUUGAGUUUUAUAGUAUUGUAAGGUAAAAAAAUAGGACAGAAAAAAACCUAACUAAAUUUUCAAGCAUAACUGAACCAUUAGUUGCUUUUCAUUAGCUUUUUUCUUCCAGGUUAUUAGCUCAUGCAUAUUUGAACAUUUCCAUGUUUAUAGGAAGUGGGGGGAGGAGGUUAAUUGGGCUUUGGGUUUUGUGUUAAGAGUUAGGAUUAGAAAUUUAUGAGAUUUGUCAAUGUAGAAGAAAUUAUUAAAGUGGUACUUCCAGUGACUAGAGACAAAUUGAACUAAAUGGGAGAGUUAGGUCUACAUAGCAUUAAACUUUUUGGAUAUUGUCUUCUUAAAUCAAAGAAUCCGAGAAGCAUCAUAAACUUCUCUUUUAGAAGCAGCUCCAUCAUUAAAAAGAAUUUACUAUACAAAAAGAUUUUAGGAGAAACACUUAACAAAUUUGAGCCCAACUUAAAAGCUAGGAAAUAUCUCUGUGCCUAUGUCUUAACCUACAUUGUAAAUCCCCAGGUAAAAUUAUUUUAUUUGAAAUAAUAAACCUGCCACUGUCACGUAUUGAUGGUACAUAUUCCAAAGUAUUUUAUAUUCUUUUGCUAAUUAAAUCUCAUACUGAAACUUCUCAUUUCUGUUUUUCCUAUUCCUAUUUUAUUUGAUUAUUGCCUUAGUCUAAUGUAAAUCAUAAUACACCUUAGUCUAAUAUAAACCAUUAUUUUUUCAGUCAAAAAUCGGGAAGAAAAGUUACUGGAAUUUAACUUUGGUAUAUAAUUAAAACUAGAGUAUAGUAUAAAUCUAGUAAAAUAUUCUCAUUGCCUUAAAUUAGAAAAGGAAUGUUACUGUACUCUUUAAAUUAGUUUUUAAAUAGAUGCUAUUCCAAAACUAGAUUUUAAGUCAACCUUUGCCAUGAUCAUGAAAUAAAUCUUGAGAGGAAGUGUUUUUGAACUGUCCUCCUUCUCCCUACAUUUCCCAGCUUACUAGUGCUGGCUUCUUUUCCUAAGCAAAGUCAAUGCCCACAUGGAUAAUGAAGUUGUUGUGAUGUCGUUGAGAAUCUUACUGUCACUGUGACAACUAGGGUUUACCUAAGGGUAGUUUCAGCCUCCACCCAUGUAAAGGAUCAUACAUCGGAUUUGAAAUCAGGAGUUCACUUUAGUUUUCUGUUCAGGAAGCCUUUAUUAAUCAAACUAUUUUGAAAAAAGAUGUUUUUUACUAAAUCAAAUCUCACUAAAUUCUACAGAGAUGUCUUGAUCUAUUUUCUAUUACCAACCAUGAUUUUUCCUUCAGACCUUGACUUCUAUUAUGGGCCAUAUUUUAUCUCGGAUGUACCAGACCACCAAAACCAAAAUCAAAUGGACAAUGAAACAGCAGUGGAACAUCAAGAAUUUUAAUUUGUCUAUGUAAUGGCAGUAAUAAGAUACCUUGGAAAAUAUCUGCAUUAUUCAAAGUUCAAUUAGCUUGGUUAACUUGAUAUUUCUACAUUCAAAAUGGAGUUUUCUUUCUUUUGGGGAGUUUUUUGAUGAAAAAAUUAACAUUCAGAGUGGAUAAAUCAUCUUAAUGAAGAUCAAGUUAUGAUGAUGGGAGAACAUCAUGAAUUUGACCAGCUUUGUUCAUUGACAUUCUAACAGAUGGAAUCAAAUACUUGCAAGUAAUACCUUGAAAAAAUAGAUUUUCAGCAUGCUCAUGGAUUACAAGAACUGGAGUUUAUUCGAGACCGUAGUGACACAGAAGCAGCAAGAUUGUGUGUGGACCAGUGGCUAAAAAUGCCAGGACUCAAAACAGGCACAAUUAAUUCUGGAAGAAGAGGUCCAAUUCGAAAAGCAGACCAAAUGCCGAUGUCCAGCAAACCUAUUUCAUGCCCCAUAAUGUAUUGUAACAAAGAGUUUGACAAUGGGCACCUUCUCUUAGGUCAUUUGAAAAGGUUUGAUCAUUCUCCAUGUGAUCCAACAAUUACACUGCAUGGACCCCUCACCAAUUCCUUUGCAUGUGUAAUAUGUUAUAAAAAAUUUGCUACCCAACAGCAAUAUAGUGAUCACCUUUUUGCUAAGGCAGCUGCAGCUGAUGGACAUAAAGCCAAUCUUCUUCCUCAGCUUAUUCAGUGCUUUGCAUGUCCAAAUUGCUUCCUUCUUUUUAGCAACAAGGAUGAAUGUUUGCGGCAUAUGUCUGGAAAAAAUCAUUUCCUUCAGAGUUUUAAACUGGGUGAUGACAAGGAAAUAAGUCCUAUACCGUUUCCAUCUUUUGCAAAGAAACUUUUGAUAUCUCUCUGUAAAGAAGUCCCCUUUCAAGUGAAAUGCAUGGCCUGCCACAAAACAUUACGUUCUCACAUGGAUCUCACAGCCCAUUUCAGAGUCCACUGUCGAAAUGCUGGUCCUGUAGCAGUAGCUGAGAAGAGUGUCUCCCAGGUUGCAGAGAGAUUUAAAGCAAGAGGUUAUUGUCAAAAUUGCAAUGAACUCUUUGUGGAUGAGAGCAGUACCAAUAAUCACAAACAGAAUUCAGGACACAAAGUCCGAGUCAUUGCCUCAAUGGAAGAGUCCAUCUUGAUGUAUUGUCACAUCAAUGGAGGCAACAAACCUCCCUCUGAUUUGCGCCUCCUGCUAGAGCAUUCAAAAUUUUCAUCACUUAAAAGGACACUAUCCAGUAAAGAUUCAAGGACACAGGCAGGCAGCAGUACUCCAAAAAAGAAGAAAAAUUUGGAGGAUCAAAGCAGUGAAAGUGUAGUACAUACAAAACAAAAGUCAGUCUGGUUUUGUGAGUGCCAACAAAAGUUCCUAAGUGAAGAUGCAGCAGAAAAGCAUGUAUUCUCGGCAAAUACAAUGUGUCAUAAAUGUGUAGUCUGUGGGAAAGUGUCUGAAGAUGCAGGUGUUAUGCGUUUGCACAUGAGCCGAUUUCAUGGAGGGGCACAUUUAAAUAACUUUCUCUUCUGGUGUCGGACAUGCAAAAAGGAAUUACGGAGAAAAGAGACUAUUAUGGCUCAUGUGACUGAAUAUCAUCGUGGACACACUUAUUUUUAUGAGCAAGAUGCUGAAGAAGAGGAAUCUUUGCCAUCCUCUUCUAAGGCAUUGAUGAGUAGCCCUACUAACAGGAGUAGUCUUACAGCUAGUAUGCCUGUUCUUCAGUCCCCUUCAAAAAGUCCUCCAAAAAGCCCUCCACGAGGGAAAUGGCAGUGCCGAAUUUGUGAAGAUAUGUUUGAUUCCCAGGAAAGUGUUAAACAUCAUUGUAUGUGCUUAACAAGUCAUCAGUUUCAUAGGUACAGUUGUGACCAUUGCAAAAAAUCCUUUCACAAGAUAGAGACAUUAUAUCGACACUGCCAAGACCAGCAUGAAAAUGAUAUCAAAAUUAAAUAUUUCUGUGGGCUCUGUGAUCUGACUUUUGACGUGGAGGAAGCAUUUUUGAGUCACUAUAAGGAUGUCCACAGCAUAGACUAUGUCUUUGUAUCAGAAAAGCCUGAAACUUCAAUUAAAAAUGAGGAUGACUUCCCAGUGUUGGAGAAAAGUAACUUGUUAACAUGUGGCUGCCGGGAGAGUUAUAUCUGCAAAACAAAUAGGAAGGAAGAUCACAGUAGAUGUCUACAGAUCUUGCUUGACAAAGGUAAUCUGUGGUUUCGCUGCUGUUGGUGUUCAGCAACAGCACAGAAUGUAGCAGACAUGAAUGCCCAUGUUCUUAAACGUCACAAGGGAGAGAGAGAUUAUAAAGAAGAGCAGUUCUUUGUGAAGUGCGCCGUCUGCAGCAAAAAUUUUCACGAUGCUGAGAGUGCUCAGCAACAUUUUCACACAAAACAUUGCUUCUUACAAAAACCCAACAUAGCUCACUUUGGACCAGAAAAAUUAAACCCAUUCAAGUUUACUGCCAGUGGUGCACGUGUAGACAGAAAACUGAAACAUCCCAUAAGCUAUCCAAAAAUUUCAGAAUCUCCUUCAAAUAGACUACUAAACAUGGAUUCAGGAGCUAAGAAUGACAUAGGCUGUCAGAAGAUAGAUGAAGGAGAUGUUGAACUACCAGAUUUGGACUACUUGCGAACCAUGACUCAUAUAGUCUUUGUGGAUUUUGAUAACUGGUCAAACUUUUUUGGUCAUCUACCAGGAUUCCUUAAUCAGGGAACCUUUGUUUGGGGAUUUCAAGGAGGAAAUACUAAUUGGAAGCCUCCAGUCAACUGCAAGAUCUUUAAUUACCUCAAUAGGAUUGGAUGCUUCUUCCUUCAUCCACGUUGCAGUAAGAGAAAAGAUGCUGCUGACUUUGCCAUCUGUAUGCAUGCUGGCCGUCUAGAUGAACAACUACCUAAGCAAAUUCCUUUCACUAUUCUCUCAGGAGAUCAAGGUUUUCUGGAGCUACAAAAUCAAUUUAAGAAGACUCAGAGGCCAGCUCACAUCUUAAACCCUCAUCACUUAGAGGGGGAUAUGAUGUGUGCCUUAUUAAAUAGUAUAUCUGAUACAACCAAAGACAGUGACAGUAGUGAAAAUGAUCGAACAAGAACAAAAAAAAAUACUGUACAAGAGGAGGAAAUCAAGUCCAGAGAAGUUCUCUUUAGCUGUGAAAUACAGAAUCAAAUGGCCAGAUGUGGAAUUGCAGGAAAUUCUGAAAAGGAGUCUGGAAGAGGUGUAGAUGAAGAGUUUCCUGCACAAUAACAACUGUCAUUGAAGGUGCUCACAGUAGUAGAAUCUUGAAUUCUACUCAAGUCAAAAACUAUAAUAGCAAAGAUAUAUUUGGAAACAAGUUUAUGUAUUUCCUUGUUAGACUUGAAAGCUAAUGUCAUUUAUUUUAUGUUGUACUAAUGUGGAUUUAUAAAAUGUACAGAAGGAAGAGAAUAAAUGUUUAAUAUAAAUCUGAAUUGCCAUCUUCUAAUACAGUUGCUAUAAUCUCUCAAUUAGCCAUAUGAUUGUAUAUAGUUAAAGUAAGCUGUUCUCUCUGGUUUUGUAUUCUCCUUAUUAAUCUUUUUUGACUUUGAAUCAUGGAUCUUAUUUUGGCCCUUUGUUUUUUUUUACAAACUACUCCAAUCUAAUUUUCCUAAAGCCCAUGUAGCAUUGAGAGUGUGAUCUCUUAAUAUCUUUCUGAUGUCUUUUUAAAAUGUUCUUAAUGGUUGGAGAGAUAAUAAAAUCAUGUUUAUUGCUUUGU